UGUUUCUAAUGUUUCAUUAAGUUAAACAGCAACAAAGAAAAUAUUUCCAAAUUAAACUGGUAGCCUAUGAUUAAACCAUUUUAUUUUUAAAAAUUUUAAAUGUUAUUGUAUUUUUAAACACAUUUAUCUAUCUCUCUGUCUAUCCACCUGUCUAUUUAUUUAUAUGUGGUGCUGAGGAUUGAACCCGGUGCCUCACACAUGCUAGGCAAACGCUCUACCACUGAGCUACAACCCCAGCCCCUGAUUAAGCCACUUUAGAAAUGUAAGAGAAGAAAAGCAAUCUGAAAAUGGUGUGAAUUUUAUAAAUUGUUAUUAUAGAGUUAUGUUACUUUUUAAACGAUUGUGUCUUUGAAAAUCUUUUCUAUUACAGUGGGGAGGAAAAAGUAAGUACAGCUCUAGAAGUAUACCUGUUGUUCACCUUUGGUCCCUUAGUGAUACUUGUGAAUCCCAGUUCUUUGAUCUUUUCAAUUCCGUUGCACUAUCAGCCACUGUCCUGAGCAGAGAGGACCAUAUAUAUUACCUAAAGCAUAGUAAAAAAGUCCUAAUUUAAAUACGGUGAUACAGUGUCUAGUUAACAUGGUUGAUCCUAACUGUAGUGCUGGUUGCCAUAUCUUUUACUUUUACAUUUGGCAGUAUUGUACUUUGGCUUGUGUGUGUGUGUGUGUGUGUGUGUAUGUGUGUAAUGUUGUAGAGUGUAUGGUGUAUCUGUAAGAAGUGGAUGAUUUAUUCAGCUUUUUUGCUGCUGUAGCUAAAAGACCCAAUCAGAACAACUGUAGAGGAGGAAAAGUUUAUUUGAGAACUCAUGGUUUCAGAGGUCUCAGUCCAUAGACAUCAGGCUUCAUUCCUUGGGGCUCAAGAUGAGGCAGGGCAUCACGGUGGAAGAGUGUGGUGGAGGGAAGCAGCUCAGGUGGUGAUCAGGAAGCAGAGAGAGUGACUCGACUCACCAGAACAAAUAUAUGCCUGAAAGCCAUGCUACACUUCCAAUACCCCACCUCUUCCAGCCUCACUCCACCUGUCUUCAGUUAUCACUCAGUUAUUAAGGUUCUUAUAACCCGAUCAUUUCUUCUCAGAACCUUCUUGCAUUGUCUCACACAUGAGCCUUUGUGGGUCACCACACACCCAAACUAUAACAGUGGAUGAGAAAGGAAGAAAUAGAAAUAGUAAGAAUUUGCAAUAUAAAUGUAUAUGUAUACAAAUAUAUGAAAAGAUAAGGUUAUUUUCUUUUUUAGUGGUCUUUAAUAAAAUUGGCAAUAUGUGUUUGAAUGUAUAUGUAUAUAGAUGUGUGUGCUGUAAGUUAGGAGUGAAAAGCUGCCAUAGAAACAAGAGGAGGGAAGAAUUAAUUUUGCCUGAAGAAGUCAGGAAAAACUACAUUUAAAAAAACUGGCUAUAAACCUGUUAUGAGGAGAUUGAGGAUUACUAGUCAUGUGCAGUGAUUAGUAGAAAAAAGUAAUGGGGAUGAGGAAGGGGACAGUGACAGGGAAUAUUAGAAGAUGUAUUUAAAGGAGAUUGAAGGCAGAUUGUUUGAUACUGUUUGACUUUGUGACUUAGGUAUUAGAUUGAUAGUAUUAUACCUGGUUCUUCCUAUUCCCUCAAUUUUUUUUUUUUUUUUCAAAAAAGCAUUCUCUAAUGUGGAAGUGUUAUGUGGUGAUUAAGAAUACCUGAUAUUGGUAGUCUCACACUAACUAGCUAUCUUUCUGAUCUUGUGUGUAAAAUGUAUAUGAUGUUGUCUAUCUCAAAGAGUUGUUUUAAGAGUCAAAUUGCUUGAGACAUUAUAUGAAAGGACAGCAUUUAACACAAAGUAAACAGGAAAUGUAGGUAAUAAAUAGUGAUAUUUUGUAAUACAACUUUCAUUAUAGAAGAAAAUUAAUGGAAUAUGAAGGAUUAGUGGUUUUAGAAAGGACAGAGGGAGAUCUUGUAAGUGGAUUAAUUAGGAAGUCAUUACUUUAUCCAGAAAAUGCUGUUAGGUGACAAGCAUGCAGAAGAGGAGAUUUGGCUGAAGAGAAAAUGUGAUCAGUUUAAUUAUGGAUGGGCUGACUUUAAGAUACCUUUUGGAAGUAUGAAGUUUGGGAGGAGGGAAGCCUGGAGAUGAGGGUCUGGGAAUAGUGACUGAGUAAGUUGUGGCCUAAGCUGAAAGCUUUAAAGAACACUAAUGUUUAAGAAUUGGAAGCCAAAGAGGCUGUCCCUGUUUGGUUCUUAGGGCUGUAGUUUACUGGUCUUUUGUUCUAUAUCCUGGAAGAAACUAGAAACCAAGGAAAAUUAAUGUUUUUUUCCCCCUAAAUGUACCUUUUUUCUACUGUCAGUAAAAUAAUUUGUACUAAACUAAGUUAUGAAGUUAUAUAUUCUGAAUUUAGAUUUUUUUGUUUUACUCAUUACUGUGCAUAGGUUAGACCCAACUUUGGUUGAGCAUUCUAACCUUUGUACUCCGUUUAGCAGCAUUCUCUGUAGUUGUCUUUUAAAGGGAAAACAAAGUUCAUUCUUUGAACCGGGCACUGACUUAUUCUGAUAUUGACAGAUUUCCUCCUGAAGUCUAGACAUUUGGCUGGUAUAGUUUUAUUCAGUAAAGUUCUCACUUCUGAAUUUUAGACUUAGUGCAGAUUUGCUGGUAAUUGGCCACAGGAACACCUCAGUGAUCAGUGUGAAUAAUUGGUGCUUUUGAUGGGUUGCUCGCCUAAAUGAAGUGAGCUGCCGUCCAGUAGGAACCCAGAUCUGGUUAUGUGACCUUAACAGGCAGAGGUUGCCAUCAAGAUCAUAGAUAAGACCCAGCUGGAUGAAGAAAAUUUAAAGAAGAUUUUCCGGGAAGUUCAAAUUAUGAAGAUGCUUUGCCACCCCCAUAUCAUCAGGCUCUACCAGGUUAUGGAGACAGAACGGAUGAUUUAUCUGGUGACAGAAUAUGCUAGUGGAGGGGAAAUAUUUGACCAUCUGGUGGCCCAUGGUAGAAUGGCAGAAAAGGAAGCCCGUCGGAAGUUCAAACAGAUUGUCACAGCCGUGUAUUUUUGUCACUGUCGGAACAUUGUCCAUCGUGAUUUAAAAGCUGAAAAUUUGCUUUUGGACGCCAAUCUAAAUAUCAAAAUAGCAGAUUUUGGCUUCAGUAACCUCUUCACUCCUGGGCAGCUACUGAAGACCUGGUGUGGCAGCCCUCCCUACGCUGCACCAGAACUCUUUGAAGGAAAGGAGUAUGAUGGGCCUAAAGUGGACAUCUGGAGUCUUGGAGUUGUCCUCUAUGUGCUUGUGUGCGGUGCCCUGCCAUUUGAUGGGAGCACACUGCAGAAUCUGCGGGCCCGGGUGCUGAGUGGAAAGUUCCGCAUCCCAUUUUUUAUGUCCACAGAAUGUGAGCACUUGAUCCGUCACAUGUUGGUGUUAGACCCAAAUAAGCGCCUCUCUAUGGAACAGAUAUGUAAGCACAAGUGGAUGAAGAUAGGAGAUGCUGACCCCAACUUCGACAGGUUAAUAGCUGAAUGCCAGCAACUGAAGGAAGAAAGGCAGAUGGACCCUCUGAAUGAGGAUGUCCUCUUGGCCAUGGAGGACAUGGGACUAGACAAAGAGCGGACACUACAGUCAUUAAGAUCAGAUGCCUAUGAUCACUAUAGUGCAAUCUACAGCCUGCUGUGUGAUCGACAUAAGAGACAUAAAACCCUGCGUCUCGGAGCACUUCCUAGCAUGCCCCGAGCCAUGGCAUUUCAAGCACCAGUCAAUAUCCAGGCGGAGCAGGCAGGUACCGCUAUGAACAUCAGCGUUCCCCAGGUGCAGCUGAUCAACCCAGAGAACCAAAUUGUGGAGCCGGAUGGGGCAGUGAACUUGGACAGCGAUGAGGGUGAAGAGCCUUCCCCUGAAGCACUUGUCCGCUAUUUGUCAAUGAGGAGGCACACAGUGGGUGUGGCUGACCCACGCACGGAAGUUAUGGAAGAUCUGCAGAAGCUCCUUCCUGGCUUUCCUGGAGUCACUCCUCAGGCUCCAUUCCUGCAGGUGGCCCCUAACAUGAACUUCAUGCACAAUCUGUUGCCCAUGCAAAAUUUGCAACCAACCGGGCAGCUUGAGUAUAAGGAGCAGUCUCUGUUACAGCCACCCACCCUACAGCUGCUGAAUGGAAUGGGCCCCCUUGGCCGGAGGGCAUCAGAUGGAGGAGCCAACAUCCAACUGCAUGCCCAGCAGCUGCUGAAGCGCCCACGGGGACCCUCCCCACUUGUCACCAUGACACCAGCAGUGCCAGCAGUAACCCCUGUGGACGAGGAGAGCUCAGAUGGGGAGCCAGAUCAGGAAGCUGUGCAGAGGUACUUGGCAAAUAGGUCCAAAAGACAUACACUGGCCAUGACCAACCCUACAGCUGAGAUCCCACCGGACCUACAACGGCAGCUAGGACAGCAGCCUUUCCGUUCCCGGGUCUGGCCUCCUCACCUGGUACCUGAUCAGCAUCGCUCCACCUACAAGGACUCCAACACCCUGCACCUCCCCACGGAGCGUUUCUCCCCUGUGCGCCGGUUCUCAGAUGGGGCUGCAAGCAUCCAGGCCUUCAAAGCUCACCUGGAAAAAAUGGGCAACAACAGCAGCAUCAAACAGUUGCAGCAGGAGUGUGAGCAGCUGCAGAAGAUGUACGGGGGGCAGAUUGAUGAAAGAACCCUGGAGAAGACCCAGCAGCAGCAUAUGCUAUACCAGCAGGAGCAGCACCAUCAAAUUCUCCAGCAGCAAAUUCAAGACUCUAUCUGUCCUCCUCAGCCUUCCCCACCUCUUCAGGCUGCAUGUGAAAAUCAACCAGCCCUCCUCACCCACCAGCUCCAGAGGUUAAGGAUUCAGCCUUCAAGUCCACCCCCCAACCACCCCAACAACCAUCUCUUCAGACAACCGAGUAAUAGCCCUCCCCCCAUGAACAAUGCCAUGAUCCAGUCUCACGGUGCUGCCUCUGCCUCCCAGUUCCAAGGCUUACCCUCACGAAGUGCAGUCUUCCAGCCCCAGCCCGAGAACUGUUCCCCUCCUCCUAAUGUGGCACUAACCUGCUUGGGCAUGCAGCAGCCUACCCAGUCACAGCAGGUGACCAUCCAAGUACAAGAGCCAGUUGAUAUGCUCAGCAGCAUGCCAGGGACAGCUGCAGCCUCCGCCGGGCGGGGCAUCUCUAUCAGCCCCAGUGCCAGUCAGAUUCAGAUGCAGCACCGUACCAACCUGAUGGCUACCUUCAGCUACGGGCACCGACCCUUGUCCAAGCAGCUGAGUGCUGACAGUGCAGAGGCCCACAGCUUGAACGUGAAUCGGUUCUCCCCUGCUAACUACGACCAGGCGCAGUUACACCCCCACCUGUUUUCGGACCAGUCCCGGGGUUCCCCCAGCAGCUACAGCCCUUCAACAGGAGUGGGAUUCCCUCCAACCCAAGCCCUGAAGGUCCCUCCACUUGACCAGUUCCCCACCUUCCCUCCCAGUGCACACCAGCAGGCACCACACUAUACCACAUCGGCACUACAGCAGGCCCUGCUGUCCCCCACGCCGACAGACUACACCAGACAUCAGCAGGUACCCCACAUCCUUCAAGGACUGCUCUCUCCCCGGCAUUCGCUCACCGGCCACUCGGACAUUCGGCUGCCCCCAGCAGAGUUUGCGCAGCUCAUUAAAAGGCGACAGCAGCAGCAGCAACAGCAGCAGCAACAGCAGCAGCAAGAGUACCAAGAAUUGUUCAGGCACAUGAACCAAGGGGAUGCUGGGAGCAUGGCUCCCAACCUCGGGGGACAGAGUAUGACAGAGUGCCAGGCUUUAUCUUAUCAAAAUGCUGACUCGUAUCACCACCACCACCACAACAGCCCCCAGCAUCUUCUACAAAUUAGGGCACAAGAAUGUAUCUCCCAGGUGUCCUCACCCGCCCCGACCCACGGGUAUGCUCAUCAGCCAGCAAUAAUGCAUUCAGAGAGCAUGGAAGAGGACUGCUCAUGUGAGGGGGCCAAGGAGGGCUUUCUGGACAGCAGGAAUUCAAAUACAUUGACCAAAGGUUGCCACGACAGCCCCCUGCUCUUGAGUACCGGUGGACCUGGGGACCCUGAAUCUUUGCUAGGAACUGUGAGUCAUGCCCAGGAAUUGGGAAUACAUCCCUAUGGACAUCAGCCGACUGCUGCAUUCAGUAGAAAUAAGGUGCCCAGCCGAGAGUCUGUUAUAGGGAACUGCAUGGAUAGAAGUUCUCCAGGACAAGCACUGGAGCUGCCAGAUCACAAUGGGCUUGGGUAUCCAGCACGGCCCUCAGUCAGUGAACACCACAGGCCCCGGACCCUCCAGAGACAUCAUACAAUCCAGAACAGUGACGAUGCUUAUGUACAGCUGGAUAACUUGCCAGGAAUGAGUCUUGUGGCUGGGAAAGCACUUAGUUCUGCUCGGAUGUCAGAUGCAGUUCUCAGUCAGUCUUCGCUCAUGGGUAGCCAGCAAUUUCAGGAUGGGGAAAACGAAGAAUGUGGGGUGAGUCUGGGAGGUCAUGAGCACGCUGACCUGGGUGAUGGCAGCCAGCAUAUAAACGCCUCUUGCUAUCCAUCUACGUGUAUCACAGACAUUCUGCUCAGCUACAAGCACCCUGAGGUCUCCUUCAGCAUGGAGCAGGCAGGCGUGUAACAAGGAAUGGAGAGUUUGUGUACAGCUUGGGAAUCAGAAGGUUGAUUUUAAACCAACAGUAUCUAGCAGCGUUGCGCCAAAUUGCCAUUGUGUUUCUCUCCACCCAGAAUAUUGUGGCUCCUUUCCUCACAUUUAGUUCAUCAGUGUGCUGUUCUUUUGGGUUCUGAGGGUGUUUUUGCCAUGUUUGCUCAAACGACCAAGUCACCAAGGAAAUAAACAGGAAAUCCAUGUUCUCCAUCUUUUGUGAAAGUGUAUUUGGUGUAUUUGAGUUGGGAGGGAUGUUUUUGUUUUGUUUUGGGGUUUGUUUGUGCUUUUUUUUUUGGUUGGUUUUGUUUUCAGUAUUUCCUUCAGGAGGUGAUUUUCUUUCUUUUCUUUUUUUUUUUUUUUCCUCUUCUUUUUUGUCUCUGUAUUUUGUGUUUUUCUUUCUUUUCCUUUUUGAGACAGGAGAGCCAGCAGUUAGAGUUCAGGGGCCAAGACCUCAGGCCACUCGCCUCACAGGCUUCACUAAGAGCACCCUCCCUUGCUCUGCAUUGCUCUUCCACGGGAGCAAAUGCAAGAGGAAAGCAUCUCUGGAAUCUCAGUCGCAGAGAAAGGGAGAGGGAAUGGGUGAUGGCCUCUGGCCCUUGGGGAACAAAAAGAGUAAAAAUAAGAAGAGGAGGACCUGGAGGUCUCUGCUGGCAGGAUCCACUAGAUACACACCUGGCCUGCAUAGAGGCUGUGAGUGACCUGACGCCAUUGGGUUGCCACCUUGAAGGUCUCAACUUGAGCCUCUUUUUGGUGUAUAACUCAGCUCCCUUCUGGCAACCUGCAAAGUUGGUCACCAUUACCAUCCUGCUGGUUCUGCCCAUGAAUUAAACACCCAACAGUGGUGCACUAUGUUUUGUGUGUCUUCUUUCUUUCUCAUUUUAUACUGUGCUAUGAAAAGGAUUGUUUUUCCAUUGUGUGUGUGUGUGUGUGUGUGUGUGUGUGUGUCCCUUUUAGCUCUUUGUCACAGGCAAGAAGAAUAGGAGGUUGUCUUGGGUCCUGCCUGUCUCUUAACCUUCUCCCUGGGUAUCCUCAGCCCCUAUAUUUUCAUUCUUAAUCAUGUAGGAAUUGUUUUUGGUAAAUGUUGAUAUUAUUGUUAUUAUUAUUGUUAUUAUUAAUAAAUAAAGACAAAAGGAAUUUUUGUUUAAAAGAGAAAUGUUUAACCAGAUUCUGUUCUAUUUGAAUUGUGAUUUGCACCUUUGGUUCAAAGCAUUUUCUUUAGGCAUUGUUAUUGUAAACAGCUCUCUCUUGUGCCAGUGACAGAUGCAGUGGUCUCCUUUCCCCAGUUGAAGCAACGCAUACGCAAUAGCUAUUGUUUAUGUCAUUACUUUUAUUUUUCUCUUCACUGUUAGAAACCAAAGUCUUUUCUGCUGGCUGGGGACUGAGAGGGGAUCUGGAUUAUCUUCUUCUGAUGUUUAAAACCAGAGAGACAUUAGAUAUCCUGACUCUCAACCCUUUCUUCUGGGAAAGGGGAGUAAAAGAUUCCUAACCCCCCCUCCUAGUUUUUCAUCCUGAAUUUGCACAGAAGAGAGCAGGUGCCCAGUGCAGCCAUCCUGGUGUUGCUGGCAGGAUCCCCAUGCAGCUUGUCCGUCUUCACUAGUACUGGCAGCUCAGCUCCUGGGCCCACUAUCCCACAAGUGGAUUUCUGCAGUGCAAGAGCCUUGCUGGGGAUCUGUCCCAUGUUUCCAUGGCCCCAAGUCUCCCCUCCACUUGUAGAGUCACCAAGUACUCACCAGAAGGAGGCUUACUUACCAAGAAAGGCCUAAGAGCUAUUGUUGACUUCUCUGGGCUUGUUCCAGCUCUGAUGCCCCAGCUCGCCCUACCGCUACCACACACUCAGCCUGAUCUGUUUACAUGGUACUGGAUUUAUGGAAGAGCAGAUGCCACCCUCCAGCAACCACCCAGAUGAAAGCCAGUGAGCCUAUUAACCGUGCCAUCCUGCGAACUACACUUUUAAAGACAUCAUUGCUUUGUAUUGUAGUAACCAAUAUGCGCAGUAUAUGUUGAAUGUAUAUGAAUAUACUUUCCUAUUUCUGUUCUUCAAAAAUGUCAGAAGUAUUUUUUCUUUCUCAAUUAUGUUGAACUAAAAAAGGAUUUAAAAAAAAAAAAUCUCCAGACUCAAGUUGCUAAGACCUUUUGUCCUUGUUUGUGUGGGGCAUUUACAACUUAGUAACUUGGUUGGACAGUAGGAGGUUGUGAAAAUAAAAACCUGAUUAUGUUCUAA